AUGCCGGGAUGGGGAGCAGUCGCUGAACGCUUUGUGGAUGCAGUAGAGCCGGUUCCAGAACGCGGUCCCUUGCUGGGCACGCCAGCUACCGAGCGGCACAUUCCUCGUCGAGGACGUCCGCCCGGAGAUGCAGCCAUGCGCCAGGACAUUUUGGCUAGACGCAGGGCUUUGGCGCUAGUGGAUGAGGAAUCACAGCGAAGUGACGGCGAGGAAAGUCUCGGGGAGCCAAGCUCGGAGACUGCACUCCUGUCAGUGUUGCCGUCCCCGCUGCACCAACAGUUGCUUCGGCAGCUUGUGGCCGUGAGGCAGAAGCGCGAGGGUUUGCCCGAGACUAGCGAAGACCGACCCAGCAACAUUGCCAGUUUUCUCAUCAAGAAUUCGGCCCGCAUGAUGUCGAAAACCAUGGCAUCCUUGGCUGCUAACACAAGCCAGAAAAUCUACGCACAUCGUGUGCCGCAGGUGGCCUGUGCAGCUUGGCAGUGCAUGUCCAUGCACUGGCAAGCUUUGACUGCCAAGGUAUGCCAGAUGUUGAAUCAAGGCUACCGGGGCUUAGUACUUGCCCGUGUACGAAAAUAUGACGAGAGUCCUUUCCUGGUGCGUGUCUCCGAGGAUAGCAAGGAGGUUUCUUCGUUCAGCAGAAGGUUUGGAGUGUCUUCGAAGUCAACUGCCAACCAGGGUAGCACAGCAAAGGUUGUCUCUACAAAGCAUCGCUUGAUGAUGUUGCUGCAGUCGCCCUCAGGCCAACAUUGCAUUUUGCAAGGGGAGGCACCCUCUCGCCUGCACCUCAUUGAGGCUCAGAAAGCCUCGCACUUCAAGAAGUGCCAAGACGCUUGCCUCAGGGACGUGAACUUACCUGACGACUUUGCGCAGAUGUUUGACCUUUGUGUCUCGCUUCCAGCUACAGACAGAUUUACAAGUAUGGUUCUCACCGAGAAAUGGCUCCACCAUGAGCGCCCGUUCUGGGUGACCUCGCACAGCUUCUGCUCCAUACACAGAAUGGCUGGUUCACAGGGCCACAUGUGCAGCUUGGUGCCAAACGAUGUCACUGGGAUGCUGUCGGCUGCACUGGCGACACAGAGUGCGGGGAGCAGCUCGUUCAUGAAAGAUUGUCUCUUCGACAUUUUGUGCGAACGUGUUGAGAUCGUACAUGGCGAGGCUUCUUGUGAAGAACACCGGAACAGUCUCUACAACUUGUUCCUGCCGCUCGAAGGAGACGACCGGCGCCUGCACGAGAAGCAGCGACUGAUGCUGGCAAAGUAUUUGAACGGCAAUGUUCAGGAUCGCAGCCGAGUCAUCCAUAUGACCACAGACACUUCGCUGACGAGGGAGUCUUUGCUGCAGGACAUGAGACAGUACCUCGUGCCAGCUCUUCUGCCGCAGAGCACGCCUCCGUUCUACAACCGGUCCAAGUGGCUAGGCGCAGAAAAGGCAAUCUCCUGGCACGGCGUGCUCGCGACACACCAUGACCUUCACAGGCUCCUUUUCGCCCGUUGGGCCGGCAUGAGCAAUGUUGUGGUAGCACCGAGCUCGCGUCCGAACCGUCCGGAGUGCAUUGGCUGGGCUGAGGUGGCCGCGUCAUCUUCUGCUGCAAACAGUUCGCCAGGUGCACCGAUGCCUUUGGCACCUGUGCAGCACAUGCCUGCCGACGAUGGGGUUGCUGAGGACCCGGAACCAGACUUUGAGGCCAAGCAGGAUUGGACGAAGUGGAACAAACGCCAGAAAGACAAGGCAGUGUGUUGGUCACAGGAGGAUGCGGAAAGACACUUGAUAGCUAUGCGCAUCGCUUGUGGCCCUUUCGUGCGAUUGCUACGACGAGCCUGUCACUUGUCCGGUCGCGGCUGGGAGAAGCAACAACUCUUGCAGGCAGCACGUGGUCACCCCAGGGACUUCCGCAUCCUAGAACUCCAUUACAAGCUGUGGCCCGAGUACAAGACGGAAGUUUCCAACUCGCUCCACUCGCCUGUGCCAGCAGUGCCGUUUAGGUUGCAAUCCCGUUCAGUGCAGCUUCGUGGACUGCUGACACGCAUGCAUGUGCGGGGUCUCUGCUCCUUGCAUCAGAACCUGGGAUGCUACGUGGACGGGUUCCCGCAGUCACUGUUUAAAGUACUGACGGCUCCUGAGCAGUGCCAGAAGGUUCUGGACAGGCCCCCGUGCUUGAGGGAUCCCUUGAGCAAGAAGAUCAUGGAGAGGUUCGACACUCCCGCCCUCUUGCAGAGCGCUGAAGGAACUGCCGUGCUCAGCGCACUGGCCUUGACGUACGAAAUCGACACCUACGAGGUGGAGAGAUCUUUCAGUGAGGUACGUCGGCGGAUCAAGAGCAAGGUUGCCCAGACAUGGAAGCCCACAGCUUCGGACAUCGCUGCAGAGAGCCUGCUGCGUUUCGCUUCCAACAGCAAGCUUCGAGGUCAACAGUUUCUGGGCAGGGAGAGCAAGCAGGCUCGCAAAGCACGGAAACUGAAGCAGGUCCAGGGCGGAGGGCCUUGGCGAGUCUUCUGUUCCCGCUUCUUUCGCGGACGACAGUUCAACAGGACAACAGUGAGGCAAGCAGCAGCUGAAUACCGGCGCAUCCGAGGCACUCCAGCCUUCGAGGAGUUGCGACAGAUAGGCAUGCUCAUGCACAUGCGCCGCCGUUACGGCAUGGGCGCAGUCGCAGAUGGGUUAGCUGAUGCUUCUCCUUCGAGGGACAUGCCCGGAGGAGCUUUGGUUGGCAGAGCGCCUCCGCAACACCCUCUGCAGCAACUGCGAAAGCAGCAAAGGGAGCUCGCGAAACAGAGCAGGGUAGAACAGGAAGCCCAGCUGCAGCAAAUCGUGGUGGCCUCUCGCAACAUCGCAGACAGGGCAGCGUUCCAGGGCACAUGGUCGCAGAUGGAGGCCAGUGCGCAGAUCGUGGCUGCGGACAAGGGCCGCCUGCUGUGCAGUCAUGCUGCUGCAGCUCCCCUGCAUGUGGAGUACUUCCCUGCGGCAGCUGAGCUUGUGUCGGACAGCGUGGGUGAGCUCUUCGAUCCUAGUCUUCCUCCACAAGCCCGCCCUGUACCACGUCUUUUCGGUGACCUUGCUGACGUAUGGGAAGAGGCAUGCAGCUUGAUUCGGACGACCAAAGAGGAGAAUAAGACCUAUGGCAAGAGCCCUGCCGACGGCAUUUUCCCGACAGACUGUGCCAAGUUGGGACGAUGCAUCUGCACCGGCAAGGGGCAGCAGUCCUGGUGGAUGCAUGGUAACAUUACACGGCUGCUGAACCAUUACCUGGCAACGCCCAAGACCAGAAAGCGGAAGCGUGGUGAGGCUCUGCCCGGAGAGAAGCAGAAAAACGAACAGACUGUGGACGACUCGGAGGACGUGAUGCCAGAAGCUCCCCCGAACAGCUGGGCGGGCGUAGCAGCGCGCAGGGCCCAGCUGCCGCUGCAGAGCAGAGCCGGGCCGGGCAGACGUGUCUGGGCACAUCUUGGUUACAUGAACCAUGCCCCCAUCUCGCACUACAUGUUCACGCUGGUGCCAGCGAGAGAGGGUGCUGCAGUCAGUGGCGGUGACAUGAUUCAGCUGCAACUUCCCGACCCCGUAAAUGCGCAACGCAGCAUGGACUUCUUCGAGCAGGCUCUAGACCUGCAGCUGCCGUGGCAGUUCACUCUUUACCAGAUGGAGGGACGUGUGGAGGGCUUUCUGCCGGAGAACUUGGCUCCCAACUCCUUCUUGGUUCGCCGACUUCUGGAGGUGCCAGCACAGCGUUUCUGGAUGGGCAGCGUCGAAGAGAUUCGAAGGCAUGGACCUGAGCCGCCACCUCCACGGCCGCCGCAGCGACCACGGGGCGGUGCUCGAUUGGCCAGUGGAAGACGCUCUGCGGCUCAAGGUGCGACUGUUCGUGUGCCUUCCUUGUUCCCACGUCGGCGUCGCCGACUUCUGCGAGAGCGCCAGGCAGAGCUGGAGGAGCAGGCAGAAGAGGAGGAGCUGACCGACGACGAGAGCCUAGAUGCUGGGCACUUGGAGAACAUGGAAGGCGAGGAGAGCGAGCUUGCGGACGACCCCGAGCUGCCAGAGUCGCCAGCGGAAGCGGCUGCGGCUGUAGAUCCGGAGCUUCGAGCAGCAGCAGCAGCUGUGGACCCUGACCGCGGCGUGGUGCCAGAUGUUCCUCCUGCAGUUGCGCCCCGUCCAGUGCACGAGGUGCUCCCUGACCGUCUGCCAGCAGAUGCCGUGCGUGUAGAUGUCGGGGACUACGGCGUCCUGAUCUACUAUCCAUCCACGAGGAGUUGCUUGGCUUUUUGCAGGCAUCCUGCGCACGAGAAAUGUCGGAAGCAACGUACCCUACUCGCGGGCCGCAAGAAAGGCCAAGGACGGCCACUGGGCUUUUUAGCCUCAUGGCUGACCCAAGCGGGCGAGUUCCGCGAUUCCACCGAUCAUGUGCAUUGUUUCGUCGGCACCUUGGCCAGCAGACGGGCGGGCCGAAGCUACCUCCUGACAUGUCCGGGCAGCGACCGCAUGUUCCCACUGGAGCGUCCACGUUUGGAGGGCGAGGACGAGGAGCCAGCGGAAUUCACUUGA